AUGGCAAGUUCCGAGCUCAAGCAGACUUUAACACCAGCCCUCCUUGAUGACGUGCACAAGUUGUGGUUUGAUCAUCUGAGCUCCGAAGAGGCACUUAUCCUACCUGGAUGGAACGAGAUGGGAAAGUGGUUCACUCGUGAUGAGGCUUUUGACAACGCCUGUGUUACCCAAUUCCGCCCUGCCCUGGAAAUAAUCGCUGCCUCGGGAGCAUCCGCUUCAGAUAUUCUCUCUGCAUUUAGCCCAUCCUCGCCGAUGGAUUGGCUCAGCAUCAUUAUUCUACUUGACCAAAUUCCCCGCAAUUGCUACCGGGGCGCCGAAUCGAAGCUAGUGUUUGGGCGCUUUGACCCACUAUCUGAGGAGAUCGCCCUGCGAGCAAUUGAAGAAGAGAUACCGACUCAGUCGCCGUAUUUCAAGUAUCGCAUGGCUUAUCGUACUUGGUUCCAUAUGCCCCUUAUGCAUUCGGAAAACUUGGCUGUGCAUGAACUAGCCGUCAAGGUGCACGUGGAGAUAGCCGGAGAUAUGAAUGAGCUUCUGGCUAGGGACGAAUCGACUCUUACAGAAGAGGAAAGAAAAUGCCAUGGCAUUUUAUCCGCGAAGGCGGAGGCACUCCAAGCAUUCUUGAGCAAUACUUUUGACUAUGAGAAGAGGCAUAAAGUGAUCAUUGAGCAAUUUGGACGAUACCCGCAUCGGAAUCAGGCACUGGGGAGGGUGCCUACACCGGAGGAGAUCGAAUACCUGAACAAUGGUGGCGAAACAUUUGGGUGA